AUGUCACUGAUUCGAAUCGCUAUCGCAGGUGCAACCGGCAACCUUGGACCAGCUAUUCUGACGGCCCUGCGUUCCUCAAAGCUAUUCGACAUCACCGUUCUGACUCGAGCGACCUCCACACAUAAGUUUCCAGACGAUGUCAAAGUUUCACGUGUUGACUAUAAGAACGAAUCCUCUUUGAUCGAAGCGCUGCGUGAUCACAAGGCUGUUGUUUCUACUCUCUCUAUCUUUGGGGACAAUGCUCAGGAGGCCCUGGUAGACGCUUCCAUCAAGGCUGGCGUUAAGCGUUUCAUCCCGUCGGAAUUUGGAAGCGACACCUCGAACCCACUGGUCGCCAAAAUCCCGAUUUUUGCGCCAAAGGUACAGCUCCAGGAAUACUUAAAGACCAAAGCACGCGAACAUGAUGGCUUUUCAUACACUUUCAUCUUCAACGGUCCGUUUCUUGACUGGGGCCUAGCGGCAGGCAUGCUGGUGGAUAUCAAGAACAAGUCAGCGACACUUCGAGAUGGCGGCGAUGUCCUCUUUAGUUCGUCGCGACUUUCUACUGUUGGCCAAGCUGUCGUGGGAGUUCUUUCCAACCUCGAUGCUACAGCCAAUAGGGCUGUUUAUGUCAAGGAUGCUGAUGUGUCUCAAAACCAACUGAUCUCCAUCGCCAAAGAGCUUGAUCCCUCUGGCACGUGGAACACCACCGAGGCAGAGACUGCGGUCGAGGAGCGAGAGGCUCUGGAGAAGUUCAACCCUACUCAACCCGACAUUGGCGUGAUUUCCAAGUUCCUCUUCAGAGCCAUUUUUGGGCAAGGCUUCGGGGGCAGGUUCGAAACUGUCGAUAACGAGCUGCUCGGAGUCAAGGGCUUGGAUGCUCAAGGAGUUAAGGAGGUGGUGAAGGGUGUUCUAGGUGCUUGA